AGGUGUAAUUAAUUAUUUAUAGAGCAAAAUAAUAGCGAAGACGAAAUAUUAUUAUCUCCUCCUCAACAAUUAAGAAUUAAAAACGUACAAGAAUUGAUGGACGAAGUGAUGCUGAAAACUAUGAAGGAAGAAGAAGCAAUCGAAGAUAUCGAUUCUGACCCAGCCAAUGCCGAAGCAGAAUUCAAUAAAUUCUUCGAAAGCACAAAAGAAAAAUUGCAAACGGAAAUAAGCAAAUGUAUAAAAGAGGAACAAGAAACCAUCGAAAAGAACGAGACAGCAAAAUAUGUAGAAGAUAAAAAAGUAAUUGAAAUUAAAACGAAGAAAGAAGACGAAGAAAAGGGCAUUCGGAAAUCUCUUGAUGAUACUACAACAACAUGCAGUUCAUCGAGUGAUUCUUCCAGUUCUGACUCUGACAGUGACGAUUCUAGCAGCACAACAUCUACAGCCACUUCUUCAGAUGCUCCCACAGGCUUUCUAAGUAACUCAGAAAUAGAUAAUCUCAUUAAUCAGUGCGUAGAAGGUUUGGAGCAGUACAUUAUCAGACUCCCUCAAAAUUACAAAGCACUUUACCGGUUAACCCACCUUUUCUUCCAUUACAAAUCGAGGAAGGACUUAUCAAAGUGCAGACAGCUCCUUCUGGGGCAGUACAGAUGUCGGAAUAAUAUGUUGGUAACGGGAUUAUUUUCUGAUAGGAAAACGAACAACUUUUUUAAUGGAGUCUGGAGAAUUCCUUCAGGUGAAAUAGACCGCCCAGGUUCCCUAGCAGCUCAUAUGGUGAGAUGUGUAACAAUACUUUUACAAGUACUUCGAAACACCAACGAUCACAAAAUUCUAUUAGAUGUAUGUCUACAGUUGAGGAGGAUACCUGACCAGGACAAGUAAG